AGUUAAUUCGGAGCCUGGAAACCAAGCUCAAAGUGAGGAGACACUGUGAGACGUCGUGUUGUGGGUGACAGUCAUUGAUAAGAGUCACUGUUUUAAAGCAGCAAGGUUCCAGGAGCUAUGAACCCUGUAAAAAUGACGGUAGCCCAAAAGCAUCAUCUCUUUUUUAUUGGCUUCUUUGGCUUUUGUGUGGAUUGUUUUGUACAGGGCCAAAAAAACAACACUCUAAUUUUCACCAAGGAAAACACAAUUCGUAAUUGCACAUGUCCUGAUGAUAUUGGCGACAAUGACUGUGAUUACAGUUUGGCAAACCUAAUCUGUAACUGUAAGACUGUCUUGCCUAAUUCAAUAGACAAAACCUACUACAACAAUCUGACGAUUUGGUUCACAGACACAUCUAUGCUGGGAAUGCUGUUAAACUCUACAGCAGUGCAUGACUUGAAGCUCUCACUCUGUGGCUCCAUUCCACUGCCAACAGAGUACCUGAUGAUCUGGGGAUUGCGAAGACUACAGAUAAAAAGAGACCACAAUGGUCAGUUACAACAGCAGAGUUUAACCAUCUUCAGUAGCUACGACAACAACGUGCAAGAUAAAUUGAAGGUGCAGUGCAAAGGAAGGAAAAUUAUUGCUUAUAUUUCUGUUCUAUACACAUCUCUUUUCAACACCUACUCCCCACUGAAAUCAUACAGUGUAGAAAAUAUUUCCAACAUAACAAACCACUUUUCAAGUCUGCCAUAUUCUGAUAACCUCUUCAUUACUAAUAACAAAAGAUAUGUCAUAACAUUCAUCUACUGACACAGCAUACUUGCCUAUUCCUCCAAUGCAUUCAUGAUCCAAUGCAUUCAUGAUAAGUAAGGCAACGUUUUAGAAGCUGAACUCCUGCCAUUCAUUUGUAUUUAAAUAUCAAAGCCUAACCGAAAUUAAUACUAUUAACAAUGGUUUGUAUUUCCUGUUUCAAUAAGUUUGUUCAAUUUCAGUCUCCUGUACCAACUGUCCACCGUUUGGGAGCAAACCAAAGUAAGAUCUAAUCAGAAGUCCUCAAUGGGAUUUACUCCCAGGAAAGUGUUCUUAGGGUUGCAGCUUUUGGAAUCCUAAAUUAUUUAGUGUUACCAUCUAGUGCAUGCCAUCCAUCACUUAACUGCUCCUUCACUGUUUAAUCAAAGUUCCAUCCAUGCACAGGUACCACUAGACUCAAACUUGGUUCUCACAUCUGCUUGUUAACUCUUGUAUUUGUAUGUUAAU